GGCCGCGCGGCCUGGCGGCCAUGGAGGCGCCCGGCGGGACCGUGAGCCGGGCGGUCCGCGAGCACCUGCGGCAGCUGUGCCUGCGCGAGUUCCCGUGCGGCCUGGGCAGCUGGAAUAAGUCCCGCUUCCUGCCCCGGACAUCACGCCCGUGGAGGGAGCUGAUCCCCAGAGAGGAGGAGGCUGUGGGUGCCGGGGAGGAGACGGAGGAGGCCCUCCUGGGCCUGGUCCGCAGCCCCCACUCGCCCUGGGCCCGGCUAGAGGAGCUGAGCAAGGAGGACUGCUUCCUGAGAGAACUGGCCAUCCAAAACCCGCUGAUGCUCAACGACAGCUUCUUCUACUCCUACUUCAGAUCUCUGCGGGUGGUAGAUAAGGAGGUGAGCCUGGUGGAUAGAGACCUCCUGAAAUUCAUGAACCUUGAAGAGCUGAUACUGAGUGCCAAUCGAAUCAAGGAAGUCGAUGCUGCAAAUUUGCCCCCAACUCUCAAGGUGCUGGAGCUCUACGGCAACGCCAUCACCAGCAUGGAGUGUCUGUGCACCCACCCGCCCCCGGGCCUCCAGCACUUGGGAUUAGGCCACAACAAACUGCUGGGCCCCCUGGAAAGUCAAUAUGUCACCAGCAAACACUGGCCCAGCCUCGUCUCCCUGGACCUGGGCUUCAACAACCUGAUGGACCUGCAGAGCAUGCUGGCCAGCCUGUGCUCGCUGCGGCAGCUGAGGCUGCUGGUGCUGCAGGGCAACCCGCUGGCCCUGGUGCCCUACUACCGGGGCUUCACCAUCGACAGCCUGGCCUCGCUCUGCGUGCUGGACGACAUCACCGUGUCUCCCAACGAGAAGCACCAGUUUCGGGGGCUCAGCCUCAGUGGGGAUCUCCUGGCCUGCGAGGCCCAGCUUGUGGUGACUAUUGGAAAUGUCACAGGGGUCCUGGACACCUCCGUCCUGGACCCUGAACCAGGGCCUGAAGGCCCUUUCAUCACGUACAGCUACUACGUGACCUACGAUUUUGUGGAAGACGAGGCGGGCGAAGGAAACGAGUAUGGCGGGGUGCUGGCCCAGAUCGUGAAGCCGUCGGAGGCGCUGCCCGAGUGGCUGCCCGCGGAGGGCAGCGAGGACGCCGAGGAGUCCCUGGAGUCGUCGGUGGAGUCCGGGGAGCUGGAGGAGUCGGCGGCGUCGGGCGCCUCGGCCGCGCUGCCGGGGUCCCUGGACUCGGCCGAGGCGCUGGCCACGCUGCGGCCGCGGAUAGACCCGCGGCUCUGCCCGUCCCCGGGGACGGUUCUCUUCAGCACAGUCCACAAGCCCUGGGCGGACAUCAUCACCUGCAACUACGAGAUGCAGCACAUCCUCAAGGACCUGGUGCCACUCAAGGCCUUCCUGCUGGCAGGCACCACCGUGACCAUCGUGGAGGAGAAGAUCCUCUCCUGGCCCGUGCAGCCUCCUGCUGUCGAGAGCAACUUGACUGCCAGGAAAGGAAAAGCCGACAAAGACAAGAAGGGGAAGAAGGAGAAAGAGAAGGGAAAAGAGGAGAAGGAGAAGAAAAAGAAGGAGCCUCUGAGGGAGCUCCGCCAGGACCCGCCUGUCUUGCAGGUGCUGGGGCACGGCCUGGUGGCCCUGGAGCCCCUACUCAUGGGGGAGCCUCUCGUGUCCACCGUGUGCAACUUUGGGGUGGUCCGCACCCUGGAAUCCGACAAGCUGACAUCUGCCAGGGAUGCAAAGAACAAGAAAACAGUUAAAAAAGGGAAGCAGCAGCCCGAGGCGGCGGCGGACGAGGACGACCACCAGCCGGCGCCGCUGACGGUGCAGGUGCAGGUGCAGCUGAGCCAGUGCCGCUCGGCCGAGGAGGCGCUGCAGGCCUUCGCCGCGUCCCCGCCGCCCGACCCGUAAAGGCUGUUCCGAGCCCCGAGUCCCGGGUCCCGGG